UGUGGUGGAAUAAUUACUGGAGAAACCGGCAACUUUGCUAGUCCCAAUUGGCCAAGAAAUUAUGCUCAUAAUCUGAAUUGUUCGUGGUAUUUGAGAGCUCCUAAUUAUAAGGUCAUUCAUUUUGAUUUCAGCCAUCUUGACUUAGGACGUCAUACCAGUAAUACAUGUGAUGAAGUAAAUGACAGAUUAGUUGUAAUGGAGAAAACACCUCAUGGUUUAGUCAGAUUCUGUUCUAGUCAGACAAUGAAUAAUUAUGUCAGUCAAACUAAUAAUGUUACCAUACAGUUUGUUACUAAUAUGAAUAAUGAUGCUCUAGGAUUUAGAGUAUUUUUCAAAGCAGACUGGCCAUGUCAUGCUAUGUUAACUGAAGAUAAUGGUGAAUUCGCUAGUCCUGGAUGGCCAGAAAACUAUUCCCCAAGACUAUCAUGUGUUUGGACUAUAUCAGCACCAGUAGACGCCAAAAUAUUCCUUCAUUUUACCAACAUAGAAAUAGAAACACAAAGUCUGGGAUUAUGUGGUGACAAUUAUGAUAUAUUAGAGAUUUUUGAUGGUGAUUCUUUAGCAGCAGAGAAACUAGGAACAUUUUGUGGUCACGAAGAGCCCAAGUCGUUUACUUCGUCUUAUAAUGUGGUGUUGGUGAGAUUUAGAACUGAUCAACAUGGACAGACUACAGGAUUUCAUGCUACUUAU